AUGCAGACUCUCAACCUCGUUGAAGACGACGAUAUGGAUUCUUGUCCACCUCCCAUCCCCAUUCGCUCACAAACCCCAAGGCGACAAGUCAGAAUGAAACAAAGCAAACAGAGUUUUGAGACACAAGAUUUAGGCGAUGGAAAAGCCGAUUUCGACCCUGGACUGUUACAGCAGCCAUCGUCAGCACCCACGCAGGAUCAGAAGCAGCAGCAGCAUCAUAGCCAGAGCCAGAACCACAACCACAACGGCCAUUCUCAUACUCACACUCACACUCACACUCAGCAUGCAUCUACUACACCAGCUCCACCAUCAUCUUCUGCAACAUCUCAAAGUGCAAUGUCUUACCGAUCUCACGACAAUGAAGUCUGGUCUCAAAGAGAUAGAGAUACUUCCUCAAUCUCUUCCGUCUAUGUACCUACCUAUCUCCCCGCGCUUCAAGCCAAGGGCGCUGGCGCAGAAGGCGAUGGCCUUGAACCAUUGACUGAAGAGGAGUAUGACCCUUCUUCAUUCGAUCUCGUCGUGCCUGCGCACGCCAUGGGAAAACAGUAUAGUCUUGAGAAUCAAUCCGAGAUGCUGUUUUCCGCCAAGCAUUUAACAAUCAUUUUUGACGACCCCGUGCUACUACAGCGAUUCACAAACUUUUUGUCUUCGUCGCGACCGCGUUCAAUGCCUCUUUUGACUUAUUAUCUUGACACCCUCAAGGCAAUGAAGGCAAUUAAUUACGCCAAUUCCUUGACUGCGUCUUUGCAGGAAAUUGAUGGUCACGAUUUUACCAUGGAUCCUGUUACCAAUACUGUCAACAAUGCUCUUCAAAAGAGAGCGACUGAUGCAUUCCAAGCAAUGGUCAACCAUGAUUUACCAGCUUACAUCACACACACUUACAUCCAGACCGUCAGCAUCACCAUCAAGCGAAGAAUAACGGACACUUUGGCACCUCAAUUGCGCGAGCUUUCAGAGGGUUUGGCAGAGGUUUUCUGUCUGACAGAUCCUUCGCGACCCGACAACCCAAUUGUGUUCGCCAGUGAGGAAUUCCACCGCACAACGCAGUAUGGUAUGGACUACGUUCUCGGUCGCAACUGUCGCUUCCUUCAAGGUCCCAAGACAAACCCGUACAGUGUACAGAGACUUCGAGAUAAGCUCGCCGCCGGCCAAGAUCACUGCGAGACGUUCCUCAAUUACCGUCGUGACGGCUCACCUUUCAUGAACCUUCUCAUGGUGUCCCCUCUCUACGACUCACGGGGUGUUGUUCGCUACCAUCUUGGUGCUCAAGUCGAUGUGUCAGGUCUUGUGACGGAUUGUUCAGGUCUUGACUCACUAUCCAAGCUUCUCAACCGUGAAAACCCUGAAAAUGAGCGUUACCCGGGUGAGCAUGCUCAGGAGCAGAAGCAGGAUAAGAAGGAUGAGUUCAGAGAUUUGGCAGAGAUGUUUGAUCUCACUGAACUCAAGACUGUCCGUGAAUCAGGCGGUGCUUUCCACAGGACUCGUCAGCAGGAUUUGAGACAGACUGACCAAGCACCCGCGAACUGGAACAAGCCGAGAUUUGUCUUUGAGGAUGAUGCCACCAUCAACCGACGCUUGUCUGACCCCAUUCUUCAGGAUACAGCUGCGAUGAGCUUUGGUGGUCGUCUCAGCGGUGUUUACAAGCACUACCUCCUCGUCCGCCCAUUCCCCAGUCUCCGAAUUCUCUUCGCCUCACCAUCUCUCCGCGUCCCAGGAAUGCUUCAAAGUCCAUUCCUCUCUCGCAUCGGCGGCUCCGACCGCGUCCGCGAGACUCUCACCCAAGCAUUUGCCGGUGGAAACGGUCUCACUGCCAAAAUCCGCUGGUUGUCCAAAACGGAUAUGCCGACCAAGUCCUACGGCGAAGGCGGCCAAGCACCUCCCUCCAACCCUGGCCGUAACCGCUGGAUCCACUGCACACCACUCCUGGGAUCUAACGGGGCUGUUGGUGUGUGGAUGGUUGUUUUGAUUGAUGAUGAGUCUGAUGAGGCGUUUAUUCGGAACAUGAGGAGGGAGGCACCUGCUGUGGCGCCUGCGCCGAGACCCAAGUCGAGGAUUGAGCAGCUUACGGGGGAUGAUGACAGGAUGAGUUUGAGCAGUUUUGCAGCACAGCACCGGGCGUAA